AUGUCUGGAAAACUCGAUCAGUCUCUGGACCAAAUUCUCAGCGACCGUAAAACUACAAAUAGAGGCCGUGGACGCGGCCGCCGUGUUGGAAAUCGAGCGGCGAAAGUCACCAGCGCUGCUCCUGCAGGAGGAAUUCAGAAGAAGACCAGAGCUGGUCGACCUGCAGCUGCCACUACAAUAACAAAUGGAAAAGCGCCAGCAGCAGGCGACACUAAGAUCAUCGUGAGCAACUUGCCUUCCGAUGUAAGCGAAGCCCAAAUAAAGGAAUAUUUCACCAAAUCAGUGGCGCCAGUGAAGCGCGCAAUGCUCACCUAUGGCCCCAAUGGUGUCAGCCGUGGCGUUGCCACUAUUAUUUUCAGCAAGCCUGGUAGCGCCAACGAUGCGCUUCUCAAACUCAAUGGCAUGCUCGUCGACAAACGUCCAAUGAAGAUUGAGGUCGUUCUUGACGCAGCCAAGGCCACACAACAAGGCUCUAAGGCUCUUAGUGACCGUAUGACACAACCAAAGUCUGCUGCUCCCAAAGCAACAACCAACAGCACUGCCACUCGCGGAGGAAAAGUUGCAGGUGGACGGGGCGGUCGUCGCGGUCGCAACGCUGGACGUCCAAAGGCCAAGACCGCCGAUGAACUUGAUGCCGAGAUGGCGGACUACUUUGACCCCAAUGCCCCUAAUGAGAAUGCGCCUGCCACCAAUGGCACGGCUCAACCAGUGACAAAUGGAGGAGAGGACCUCGGUAUGGAUGAGAUCUCUUAA